AUGGUGUGUAUUUUGUGUUUCCAUGGGCCCCAGUGCCGAGAUGUGUCCCUUCGGCUGGACCAACUCGUGCUGGACCUGACCAACCCUGUGAAGAAGGAGACGGCGCUGCUGGAGCUGAGCAAGAAGCGGGAGUCCUUCCCAGAGCUGGCCCCCUACCUGUGGCACAGCUUUGGCACGGUGGCUGCCCUGCUACAGGAGAUCGUGGUGAUCUACCCCCUGCUCCAGCCCCCGCAGCUCACCUCCUCCGGCUCUAACCGCGUGUGCAAUGCCCUGGCCCUACUGCAGUGUGUGGCCUCCCACCCCGAGACGCGGACCCUGUUCCUGGAAGCCAACAUCCCGCUGUUCCUGUACCCCUUCCUGAACUCGACCAGCAAGGCCCGGCCCUUUGAGUACCUGCGCCUGACCAGCCUGGGGGUCAUUGGCGCCCUGGUCAAGGUGGACGACCCCGCGGUGAUCAGCUUCCUGCUGAACACCGAGAUCAUCCCCCUCUGCCUCCGCACCAUGGAGACCGGCAGCGAGCUGUCCAAGACCGUGGCUACCUUCAUCGUGCAGAAGAUCCUUUUGGACGAGGAGGGCCUGGCGUACAUCUGCGCGACCGCGGAGCGCUUCUUCGCCGUGGGCACCGUGCUGUCCAGCAUGGUGGAGGGCCUGGUGGAGGCGCCCUCGGUGCGCCUCCUCAAGCACAUCGUGCGCUGCUACCUGCGCCUGAGUGACAACCGCUGUGCGCGCGACGCGCUGCGGGCCUGCACGCCCGAGCCGCUGCGCUCCCCCGCCUUCACCGCCUGCCUUAGGGACGAUGCGGUGACCUGCCGCUGGCUGGCUCAGCUCCUGGUCAACGCCGGCUUCUUUGCGGACGCGCGUGAGGUCUGCGCCGAGAACCUGCAGCCCAGCCCACUGCUCCAGCUGUAA